UAAUUUUGGAACACAAGUGGAAAACCAUAAAAAGGAUGAAGGAUUAUUGCAAAAUUUAGAAUAGUGAUAAUUUGUAGGAGAGGACGAAGGUUUUGUGAUCAAGAAGGGACCCAUGGGCUUGGAGUGCAUGUCAGCAGAACUUCAGGAGACUGGCAAUAUUUUACUUUUUUGGGGGGGUGGUUCCUGGUUACCCGAGUGCUUACUUUAUAAAUAUUCAUACCCUGUAAAUUUGUACGUGCAAUGUUUUGUGCAUCUCUUAUGUUUCCCACCAGACAUCAGUUUAACCUUAAGCCGUAUUGUGACAUCAUCGUGCACCCAUCAUCUUGGAAAAAAAUUCAAAAGUCUGGCGGGACUGUUACUGGCAAAGUCGUGGCGCAUCCUAAGUGUUCUCUCUUGCUGGCUGUGAGAAUGUCAGCUGGCAUAAGUGCUUUGGGAAAUGGCUCCACCACAUUUGUGUAAAGUGGAUGCCUAUGAAAAAAGAAAAAUGAAACUGUAGGUCAGGGGACAACGGGGCAAAAUAAGAAAAGAAAAGAAAAGAAAAGAAGAAAGAGAGCUCACCGGAUUGAUAAGGACUCCAUGCCUUGAACUGAGGAGUAUGAUUAGCUUCACUAUCUGACCCGAGAGUAAAAGACUAAUAAGCCAACAAAAGAAAGAAGAGGUGCUCCAUUGCAGAACAUGCCCAGGAUGGGUGACCGCUCACACAGCUCCUCACACCAGCAUGGUCUCUGUCGGGUCGAGGCCCUGCAUUUUCAAGAUGGGACUGCCGAAUCCAUGGUUUCACCUCCUUCCUUCGACUGUGUCCUGCUGUGGCUGCUGCUACUCACAGGGUCUUUGGAAGGGGUAUACGUAGCUGAAGUGGGUCAGAAUGCUGAUCUGCCCUGCACCUACACUCCCAACCCUUCUGAGGAUCCUGUGCCUGUCUGCUGGGGCAAGGGAGCCUGUCCGGUGUUUGAAUGUCAUAGUAUGGUGCUCAGCACAGACGGAAGGAACUUGAAAUAUCAGACAUCCAACAGAUACCAUCUGAAGAGGAGUAUCCACAAAGGAGAUGUGUCCUUGACUAUAGAGAACGUGACUCUAGCCGACAGUGGGAUCUAUUGCUGCCGGAUCCAGUUCCCAGGCCCAAUGAAUGAUAAAAAAUUAAACCUGGAGUUGGUCAUCAAACCAGCCAAGGUCACCUCUGCUCGGACUCCAUGGACAGACUUCACCGCAGCCUUUCCACGGGUGCUCACCACCAAGGGACGUGGCACAGAGACUCAGACACUGGAGGGCCUCCAUGAUAAGGAACACACUCAAAUACCCACGUGGGCUACUGAGUUACAAGACGCUGGUGCGACCACUAGAAUGGGAGUCUACAUUGGAGCAGGGGUCUCCGCCGGGCUGGCUCUUCUCCUUAUCACUGGUGCUUUAAUUCUCACAUGGUGUUCGUAUAGCAAAGAGGAGUUACAGAACUCAAGCCUCCUCACUUUGGGCAGCCCCCCUCCCUUGGGGUUAGCAAACACAGGAGCAGAAGGAAUGCGCUCGCAGGAAAACAUCUAUGUCAUUGAGGAGAACAUAUAUGAAAUGGAAGAUCCAUACGAAUACUACUGCUAUGUCAACAACGAGCAGCAAUCCUGACAACCUAGAGGUUUAACCCUUUAAGUGCCACCAGAUCCCCCGACGUCAUUUUUGAGCAUAGUGUCAUCUUUGAAAACUAUGAAAUGUGUCAAGUGAUCAGUUUUAGAGACUCUGUCCAUGGCCACCAAGCAGAGUUUUUACACUUUCUGAUGAUAAUUAGCUCCCAGAGGGAGGGAACAGUGACCUGCCCUGCAGUUGGCACAACAUCACUUCUGUGUUUCAGCCAUCAGGGCUACCCAACUCAAAGACUACUAAUUGGGACAUUAUAGCUCAAAUGGGCUUUUAUAUAGAGUAAGAAUUUUUAAUAUGCAGUCCCCGAAAUGCCAGGAAAUUCAGUCACAUGACGGAUCCACAGAGCUCCUGAAAAUAUAGGGAAAAUUAUGUGCUGAGAUACGUGCAUGUCUUUUUGGGGACAGAAAGACAAAAGGGGCUGCUGACUUUCAAAGAGAUCUGUGAUCUAUAAAAGUUAAGAAGCUACUGGAGGAGGAGAGAGUAUCGAAUGUUCUCUCCGAGGCUCAAGACUAGUGCUUCUCUGAAUAUUGAUUCUUUAACAGUAAGUGCCACUGCAGAGCUCUCCUUUGCCAGUUAGGUGGACUGCCCAGCAGGUCCUGUGGUGUGGCAGGAGCUCCCAGAGAAAAAGGAAGUGUGCCUCCUGUGUGUUGCCAAGUUUUGUCUGGGGUGCACUCAACGGGAAACAUCUCCCAGCAACUUCUCCAUUCAUGGAGAGAACUGGAGCUCUGUUUUUAUAGAAGAAGAAGCGGUGACUGGGACACACAUUCUGGUGGAAAGAAGGCAAAGGGCUCCAACAGUCUAGAUCAGCAUCAAGUUCUUUGAGGGAAAGACUGUGCUUCUUAAGCUUCAAUUUCAAGGUGGUAGCGACUUGGUUUAUUUUGCCCAUUUUUUACCUGCCCAGUGCUCUCACACCUCACAGAAAUUUAUUAAACAUCUUUGGAGUGAAAAAAACCUAAGAAAGGUAGCCUUCUGCAAAGUCUCUUCUAUUGUAGGGUUUACACAGAGCUCUUCCAGAGAGCACACAGAUAGUCCUAAGACCCCAUAUCUGCCCUUACCUGGUCCCGGGAGGUGUUUUUUUCUUAGCUUCAUUCCCAGGUCAGGCCUUUGGAAGCCUGUUACUCUUUUGUCUGUGUCCCCCUUUCUUUUUCUUUUCUUUUCCUUUCUUUUUUCUCUUUUCUUUUUCUUCUCUUUCCCUUUCUCUUCCUUUCUCUUCUCCCU